AUGCACAUGGAGGGUCAAAAAUAAUUCUUUUUAUUUGAAUAUAUUGAAGAGAGUCAAUUUUUAGAUCAAAAAAUAAAGGAUUACUCCAAAAUUCAGAGAUCUUUUCAAUAUCCUGAAAUACAAUCAUACCUUAAAAACUUAUUAUUAGCCUUAUAUCAAUUGCAUAAAAAUUAAAUGCCUGGAAGAGUUUUUUCAACUUUUAAUAUAGUUGUUCAACCAAACUAUAAAAUUGUGUUAAUGGAUUUUGGAUUCGAACCAUAAAUUGAACAAAAUUACUUAGAUAUAUUGGCACCACCUGAAUAUUUGAAGAAGAUAAUUGAUAAAGAAAAUGCAAAUUAAACAGAUUAUAAAUUUGAUUUAAAAUUUGACUCUUGGUUGCUUGGAGCAUUUUUAUAUCACUUAAUAAAAUUUUAAUCUAUUAACUAAGUUAAAGUAAACAAUAAUGAUGUACGAUUUAAAUAUGAUAAAAAAGAAGAAUUUUAUGAAUAUUUGAAGAAUAUCCAAUAUAUACCAUGUUAAACUUCAAGAUACAAAAAUACACUGCUCUCCUUAGUCUAAGGAUUACUUACUUGUGAUCCAAAGGAAAGAUUAUCAUUUUUAUAAAUUUAUUAACAUCCAUUCAUUUAAGAUCUUCAACUUUAGGGUUAACAAGAAUAUAUUCAAUUCUAUUCGUAAUGUCAAUACAUUAGAGAAUUAAAGUAAGAUGCAUUUAAUACUGGAUCUUUUAUAAGUCCUGUUUGUUAGUUUCCAAAAAAACUAGAGAUGAUAGAUUCUGUAAGUAUUUUUUCCCCUAAAGAAGAAUAACCACAAAAAAAAAAAAUUCAAAUAAUUUCAGCAACUUCUAUUUAUAAACCAUAAACAAACUUACCUGAUUAUUUGGUCGUUGUUAUGAACACAUCAUAAUUUUCAGAUCCAAGCCAUUAUCACUAUUGGUUUCAAAUUUAAUUAGAUUGUUUGAGAUGCCAAUUAUUAGCUUCAGCAGCAGACAGAAUUGCUAUUUUUUUUAAAUCUGCAAAUUCCUUUGAAUUAGUAUAUGCUUAUAUUAUUAAAAAAAUGCAUUUACUUAUUUUAAGGGAUAUGAAUAAUUAUUUGAAAUCAGAACUUUAUUAAAAUUAACCAAAUAGAAAUUGGCAAAUCUUUUUGAAUCAACAUUAGAAAGAUUUAAUCUCAACUGAAUAAAUAAAUUUAUAUCUGAUAGAAUUAAAACAAGAAUUGCUAACUAUUUUGUAAAGACAUUGUGAAACCCUAAGAAAAGAGAACUCUUCGCUUCCUGAAUUAAUAAAGCUACCAUUGAAUGAUGUUCAAGAUUCAAAUGAUUACUUUUUGAAUGGUUAUUAAGAUGCUAUAUAAAUGCUAUACUAACAUAUUAAUUAAUUAAUAACUUAAAAUCAGCUAUUUAAAUUAGAAGAAUUAUAAAGUUUCAAGAAGUUAAUUUAUUUUUGUGUAGAUAUCAAUAUUUCUUUUCAAUCUUAAACAUUUAAAGAAUAAUUUUAAUAACUAACAUAUAACAAUCAAGAAGUGCAACCAAAAGAUAUAAUUACUUUUCUUGGUAUUACCAAUAAGUUUGGAUGA